GUUCUGCCUUUCAGAGGUUUGUGGUCUUCUCAGCUACCCUUAGCUGCUUCCUCUCAAUCCUGUUCCCCUUUUUCUGUGGCCUGAUGUUCCACCUCCGUGACUUUGCUGGAUAGCCCAAGGCUGUGUGUUCCUUUGCUGCAUUCACCUGCCUCAGUCACAAGGAUGCCGGACCUGAUCUCUGUCCAAGACUUCAUCUCCCAAACCCACGAAGAUCUGAGCUCUCCAACAACCUCCUCCUUUACUAGCCACAUGGGCAAAUGCAGGAACACCGUCUGCAGCUUAGAGGAGGACUUGGAUUUGGAUCGAACUGUUCUGCAAAAAAUGAAGAAAGCAGUCAAGGCAGAGCACGCCAGUGGACAAGAUCUCAUGAGCCACUUAGAUGCUCAUAUUGCUGCCCUGGAGAAGUUUUCAGGAAACUAUCAUAACAGCGGAGAUGAAAAGUUGUCUGAAGCUUUUACCACCUUUGCUUCAUUUUCACAAGAGCUGCUAGAAGCUAUCAAGAGCCUGUUCCUGAGUCUCUAUCACAACAUUCAUUUUUCUCUGGAUUCACUGAUCAAGGGAGAUUUCAAAGGGGAUUUUAAAAAGCCUUUUGAGAAAGCUUGGAAAGACUAUGAAAGCAAACUUGCAAAGAUAGAGAAAGAAAAGCGGGAGCUGGCGAAACAGUAUGGAAUGGUGAGGACAGAGGUUGCUGGAGGAGAGAUUGCGGAGGAGAUGGAAAAAGAACGAAGGAUGUUCCAGUUACAGAUGUGUGAGUACCUAAUUAAAGUGAAUGAGAUUAAAACCAAGAAAGGAGUUGACUUGCUGCAGAAUAACAUCAAUCACUGCAACUCUCAGUUCAAUUUUUUUCAGAAAUGUUUAAAGGUAACAGAGAAGCACAAACAAUUUAUAGAGGAACUUACUCCUGAGCUUCAGAGUAUGAAGUCAAAGCAGGAGGAGGAGAAAAAACAGUUAUGUUUCCUUCGGGAUCAGCUCAAAGCAGCAUUGCAGUUGGAGCCCAAAGAGGAUUCUAUGAGCAAGCCAGUGAGAUAUAGCAUGCAUCAACUCCAGGGGAAUAAGCAGUAUGGCACAGAGAGAUUCGGAAGCCUCUUUAAGAAAAGUGAUGGCUUAAGGAAAGUCUGGCAGAAGAGAAAAUGCACAGUCAAGAGUGGCUAUCUUACUAUUUCACACAGUACGUUAAAUCGUCCUCCGGUCAAGCUGAAUUUGCUCACUUGCCAAGUUAAACCAAAUGCAGAUGACAAGAAAUGUUUUGAUCUUAUUUCACAUAAUCGGACAUAUCACUUCCUGGCAGACAAUGAACAAGAAUGUAAUAUAUGGGUCUCUGUUAUUAGUAACAGUAAAGAAGAAGCUUUGAAUGUGGCCUUCAAACAAACACAAGUCAAGGAAGGAUGCAGCAUGGAAGACCUGACUGGAGCAAUCAUUGAGGAAAUAAAGCACAUGCCAGGAAACAACAUGUGCUGUGACUGCUCAACACCAGAUCCAGCAUGGCUCUCCAUUAAUUUGGGGAUCUUAAUCUGCAUUGAAUGCUCUGGGAUUCACCGAGAGAUGGGUGUUCAUAACUCCCGUAUCCAAUCGUUAGCCUUGGACAAGCUGGCCACCUCAGAGCUUCUGUUGGCUAAAAAUAUUGGAAACUCACGAUUUAAUGACAUAUUGGAAGCCAACCUUCCCAGUUCAUCUUCAAAGCCUACUAAGGACAGUGCAAUGACCCUUCGGAAAGAUUUCAUAAUUUCUAAGUAUGUUAAUAGGAAGUAUGUUGUUCCGAGGAUCAUGAGAAGUCCAAUUGUCAAGCUCAAGAAUUUGGAGAAUGCUGUCAAAGAGAAGGAUAUAUUUAUUUUGCUUCAGGCAUAUGCAGAAAAAAUGAAUUUAAGUGAGCCUGUUCUGGAGUUUAGCCAGGAACCUAGAGAGACACUUCUUCAUCUGGCAGUUCUAGUGGGUGACCGAACCUCAUUGCAUAUUGUAGAUUUUCUGGUGCAGAACAGUGGAAGCCUGGUGAAGCAAACCUCCAAGGGAAAUACUCCCCUUCAUUACUGCAGCCUGCACAAUAAACCUGAAUGCAUAAAACUCCUUCUGCGAGCAAAAGCCAACAUUGCAAUCACUAAUGAAGCUGGAGAGACAGCACUUGAUAUUGCUAGGCUAAUGAAUCACACUACAUGCGAGGAUCUGCUAUUGCAGGCUGAAAGUAAUCAGUUCAAUAUGCGUGCCCAUGUCGAAUAUGAGUGGCAACCAGGCCAAGAAGAUAUGUUUGAAAGUGAUGAUGAACUGGAUGAGAAGCUCUGUCCAGUGAAAAAAGAUCGCUUUCAUCGUCCACAAAGCUGCUACAAUCUGCCUGGGUCAGCCUCUCAGUCAUGGAAGAACCCAGCGGGCUUUUCCAGAGGAGCCAGUCCAGCAUCCCAGGACAAAUGCCAAGACAUAUAUGCCAUACCGCAUGCCUCUAGAUCUGCUGCAACAGCAUCUCCUCCCACUUUUGCUUAUCCAGGCCCACCACUGCCACUACGCAAUGCACCCAGAGCCCCCAGCUUCUCUCCUCCAAUACCCCCAACCAGCAGCUCUGUCUACCCUGUAGAUACACCAGCUAAAAAGGUUGUGCCUCCACCUCUGACCAUUAGACAUAAGCGGACCUCCUCAGAGCCUUUCCCCUCUACACCACUGAAUCACAGUCCUUCUGAUGAUUCUAGAUCUUUCUCACUUCCAAGACGUUGCUCUCCAGAAGGAGCUUCUCCUAGGAGUUUGAGUUCUCAGCCUUCUGAACUCCCUGAAGGGGUGGGUUCCUGGCAGCAAGCUGCCUCAGAAGAAAUGAAGAUUCCUUCUGAGCCAAACCAAAGCUCAAGAGAGAACCACUGGGCUUCUUCUCAGUCUCCUGAAUCAUCAGAUGAUAUUCCUCCACCACUGCCAAGAAGGGGAGACAUGAAUAAGUCCAGUCUGCAUCGUGUCAGGGCUCUUUAUGAUUGUCAGGCUGAUCGUGAAGAUGAGCUCACUUUCAAGGCUGGAGAAAUCAUUAUAGUAGAAGGACAGGAGGACUCCAACUGGUGGCAUGGCAGGAUUGAAGAGCACCCUCAUAGGAAAGGUGCCUUCCCAAUGUCAUUUGUUUAUAUACUGCCUGAAUAGAAGGUGAACAACUGAAAGGUAUACAUCUAAUUCACUCAAAUUACAAUCCACUCUGCUUUAAUAGGGCCUCCUGCCCUCUGAAAACCCACCUGCAGUUAACAGUUCUACAGAGGGACUUGCUGGAGUUAGAACCAAGUUCAUUGGUACUGAAAUGUCAUACUGAGGACAUCCAUACACCUCCUCAAGUCAUUGGCAAGAAGUCCAUUGAUUUUUUAAAAGACGACACCUGAAGUGCAAGAUCUAUUUGAUGAACUCAACAAACAUUCAUGUGGCAAUGGUGCAAUUUCUUGCUGCCACUGUAUGUGCAUGUAUGCAAGAGGUGCAUAGAUACCUUUCAAACCCCACUGCCAUCCAGCUGUUAGAAUGGAGAAUGACCUAAGCAGAAAGACUUCACUGAUUGGAAUUGCCUGUGGCUGCUUCGUUCACAUAGUCUCCAAAGUGGUAUGAGAAGACCACUUCUACUCAUUUCACCUCUUCUGUGAUUAUUCCAGUCUGGCUAUUUUUCAUUGAAUAAUGGCUCCUAUAAAAAUAGCUUAAAAACUGUUUGUUUAGAGUUCUUUUUGUAAUUUAAAAUACUAAGAUCAGAAAAGACUGUCUGGACUCUAAAUGUAUGGAUUUCAGCUAUCUACUUAGGCAUGAAAUGUCCCAAUAUUUAACAGUAUAUAUAAUCAUAUAAUCCAUAAUAAUGUGAGCCAAAGAAAGAGAAGAAAUGAAUCAAGACAUGUCAUAAGAAGAUAUUGCCUGUGCCUACUGUAUAUUUCUAGAUGUCAGAAACAAAUGAGAACAAAUGCAAAUGUAUGCCUUUCUUUAUUAUUAUCUUCCCUAUGUUCAUGAGACAUAGGGAAAAGCGUUCUCAGAAAUAAUACUUUGAGAAGCAGUAUUCCAAAAUUCCAGUAUAUUAAUUUCUGAAGUAAAAUCAUAAUGUAAUUUCUGCCUUGUCUGUUUGUACAUCUGUAUGUGCAAUCUAUGCAUUCCAUAAGGACUCCUUCCAAGGGGUGAAGAAGAAUGUAGGAAACUUACAUAUGAAAUAUCAAAAUGUAAAAAUCACAAAAUAUAUUUCAGUUUUUGCAAACACAUCUAUCGCUUCCUUGAAAGCGUUGUUUAUUACAGAAAGAACAUAACACAUACACUAAUUCAGAAUCUGCUAAAUUUUCCAACCAGAUGCAUCAUUCUCCUACUAUUUCUAAUACAAUCCUAGAGUAAAUAUGGUAUGUUGAAAUUUCCUUUUCCCCAAGUUAACAGGACAAUUUCUUUUAAAUCAGUUCCAUUUCUGUUUCUAAUAAUGCAAAAUGAUGUUACUAAUGCAGAACUGUUCUACGUGCUCUUAUGUUAUUAAAAUAAAUACAGUAUCCCAAAUGUC